AUGAAGUUCUCCGCUGGCGUUGUCUUCACUGCCGCGUUGGCCACUGCCUUGCCGCAAUAUAACAACAGGGGCGGCGGAAGCAAACUACCUUGGGUGGGGUAUUCAAGAGAAAACGACCUCAGCAAUGACUGCCUCUAUGAACAUGGUAAGAUGUUCGGGGAGAAGGACCAACCCUCUGCUCAGGUCAGCCAAGAAGCUAGAGGAUAUCUCAAGAAUAAAUACGGCUACGAAGACGAGCAACAGUGCCUCAAUGAUCGAGAGCCUAAGCCUUCCAACAACCAAGGCCAGCAAGCUGGAGGAAAACUACCUUGGGUGGGGUAUUCAAGAGAAAACGACCUCAGCAAUGACUGCCUCUAUGAACAUGGUAAGAUGUUCGGGGAGAAGGACCAACCCUCUGCUCAGGAUAUUGAAAGACUAUGCGGGACAAGCAACUUCUGUAGCGCCUUUACCCCUGAUGAGAAGUAUGUCAGCCAAGAAGCUAGAGGAUAUCUCAAGAACAAAUACGGCUACGAAGACGAGCAACAGUGCCUCAAUGACCGAGAAUCCAAGCCUUCCAACAACCAAGGCCAGCAAGAGAAUACCUCCAAUGGUCGCGAGGGCCAGUCUUCCAACAACAACCAGGGCCAGCAAGGCAAUGCCGGGGCUAAUCCCUGGAAUAAUGACCAGCGCCAGUCUUCCAACGACAACCAAGGCCAGCAAGGCACUGGCUGGGCUAAUCCCUGGAACAAUGACCAGGGCCAGUCUUCCGGCGGAAACCAAGGCCAUCAAGGCAAUGGCUGGGCUGAUCUCUGGAAUAUUGGCCAGAGCCAGUCUUCCAACGACAACCAAGGCCAUCAAGGCAAUGCCGGGGCUAAUCCCUGGAAUAAUGACCAGCGCCAGUCUUCCAACGACAACCAAGGCCAGCAAGGCAAUGGCUGGGCUAAUCCCUGGAGCAAUGACCAGCGCCAGUCUUACAACAACCAAGGCCAGCAAGGCAAUGGCUGGAAUGAUUUCGAGGGCCAGUCUUCCAACAACUACCCAGCCCAGCAAGGUGGUAACUGGUGGCGGGCAAAAUAG